AUUUAUUCCUAAUUAUCACAUUGUUUUUGAUUAUAUAUUCUUGUUUCCAGGUCUAAAGGACAGCCAAAUCACAGAUGUUCUUCCGUUGUGACUACGUGCACUUUGGCUGUUCCUAAGAAAAGCGUUCUAAAAAAUACGUUUGAAAAAAAUACGGAGGUCUAGACAUUUCCCAUUUGAGGUCGCUUACUAUUAGAUGACUCUGGAUCAUCUAAAUUCCGUUUAUUUAUUAUUUUUCGCCCAAAAAAUAAAAGGACAUCGCACCUAUAAAGUUGUCUUGCUCUUGGUUAAAACUUUUGAACGCUUAUCAAGUGAAUGUCCUUUCCUUAGACUAGAAAUAUGGCCACGGUCGAAUGGACUGUUUUGGAGAAAUUGUUGCUUUCACAAGCCGUAUACAAAUACGGAGAAGAUAAUUGGUUUCAGAUCGCUCGUAACCUCAAACACCAUGCUUUACUAGAUCGUCCUUCAGAUUAUUUCAAUCAAAAGAAUUGCUCCUUACAAUAUUAUCUGAUGGUGGAAGAAAUGGAUAAACACAAACGGCAAUCAUAUUCACAAGAUAUGCCUAUGGUUGUUCGGAUAGCACGAGAACUCUACAGCUUACGAUUAGAAGAAUUGAAAAGAGCGAUAAGCGAAGACGAAGAGAAAUUUCUGAUCCUUGUAUCCGAAAUAGAUGAUAUACGUGCUGGCAAAUGGGACAACCAAUUAUUGGGAUUGCCAGAGCCUCCAAAGGACCCAGAGCCCACACAACAGACAGAAGAUCAAAUAUCACCUGUGGAAGAUAUUACCAAGAACGAGCUGUUGGCAGAGGAACAGCAAAAGGUUGAAGCCGAUAAUUUAGAAAAUGAGGCCAGAAAUGUCAGAAAUCGCGAUGUGACACCAGAUAUGUCUGGAAUGCCAGCAGUUGAUACUCCUCCCAGAAACAUCCCUACGAGUCCUAUUGAGCUUGAACGAAGUGAAUUAGAUCAAACGACCCCUGGUAGCAACGUAAAUUUGGAGACACAGGAGCAGAGCUACGAUACCUAUAUGGACCAGCAAACCCAUCCACUGAAAAACCGUAUUGAUGAUUCAGAUGUGACAGAUUUACCAGCGCUAAAGAGGCAAAAAAUCGAUGAUACACCGUCUGCUGUUUUUGAAGAUAAAGACAGUCAUUAUUUUGAUCAUAUAGGUCAUGAUGCAGUAAGGACAGAUUACUCCACUGAUGUUAGUCAAGGUACAACACCAGCUGAUACAUAUGACGCAGUUUUAAGGGAAGGCACAGAAAGUGUUGCAGGGAGUGAGAGUAAUGCAGCAACACCUACAAAUGAGCGUAGAAAGGGUGGAAAUAAUAUGGUCGGUAAAGAUGAUCAGCGACAUAAAUCAUGGCAAAAAAAUAUCAAUUUACUAUGGCGGGAAAUAGCCAACCAUAAAAAUGGAGCAAUGUUUAUGAAUCCUAUCAAAGAAACAAUUGCGCCGCAUUAUUACGAUAUAGUGAAAAGGCCAAUGGAUCUUAAAACCAUAAAGAAUCGUAUCCGAGACGGGGUAAGUAACAAUAUAUUAAUAUGAUACUUUCAAUAACUAAACAAACAAAAAAAGUUAAUUAAUACCACCACUGAGUUCGAGCGAGAUGUUGUUUUAAUGUUGAAUAAUUCAUUAAUGUAUAAUAAAGAAGGUAC